AUGGUUCCCAAGGAACCCGAGGCCGCCCCUUACGAGAUAUCUGAUGACGAGGACAUGCCCGAGUUAGAAGCAUGUCAAGACGCAGUCUUAACAAAGGCCAGGCGCCAGGGUCUCGGUCUCAUCAAGUUCAUUGGUGAGGUCUUCAAGCUGCGGAUAAUAACGGAGCGAAUCAUCCACGAGUGCACAAAGAAGUUGCUCGGCAGCAAGAACCCCGGAGAGGAGGAAAUCGAGAACCUGUGCCAGCGACUGACGACGGCAGGCCGGACCAUGGAUACGUCCAAGGCGAAGGCGCAUAUCGACCCGUAUUUCCAGCGCAUGAAGGACUUCAUGGAGACCGCGCCGUUGAGUCCACGCAUGAAGUUUAUACUUCUGGAUGUCAUCGAGCUGCGCCACCGCAAGUGGGCCAGUCCCAUGGGUGUCGAUAUUAGCUUCAAGUUAUUUGACACUCGUAUGGAAUCCAACGUGGUUACCUUUCAUCAUGCUCGCCUCGAUAUUGGAAACCCCUUCAAAUUCACUCAAGCUGGCCUGUCCACCAGCAUCAGGAUCCCCGACGAGCACAACGAACCGAACAUGAGCUGGCAAGCUAUCGAGGAGCUCGAGAUGGUUGGCCCGGCGGGUCUAAUCGGGCUCGACGUCAACCUAUGA